AUGGCAUAUAGAAGAGAUGAUAUGCAUGGUGAGAGCGACGUAUUUCGCAAAAUUCGCAAUGUCUUCACUUCGCUGAAUGAUAAACUGGAGAAGGAUGUGCAGAAGCAUCUGCAGGCUGUUUAUGGAACUUUGGCAUUGGGUUUAAUGGCAGCAACCGUUGGAGCAUUGCUUCAUUUGUUUGUCGAUUUCCUUCGUGAUAAUUUCUUUACUUUGUUUGGUUCUAUUCUACUAAUGAUAGCAUUGCUAAAGACUCCACAUAAUCAUCAUAAUGAACGUAAACGACUUGGAUAUUUCAUUGCUUUUUGCGCUCUUUCUGGUGUAAGUUCUGGUCCGGUCAUUGAAAAAGCUUUGAUGAUCGAUCCGUCAACUAUUCUCACUGCAUUCCUCGCUACUGCAGUCGUAUUUAGCUGUUUCACUAUGGCAGCGUUGCAUGCACCUUCCACAAAGUUUCUUCACCUUGGAGGCAUCAUUACUUCUGGACUGCUAUUCAUCAUGAUCACGGCUCUAUUUUCACACUCGGCAUUUAUGCAUACCACUUGCCUUUGGUUAGCUUUUGUGAUCAAUUGCGCUCUCGUACUCUACGAUACGCAGUUGAUUUGUGAGAAGCGUCGUCGUGGUGACACAGAUUACAUACUGCACACCAUUGAACUUUUCGUCGAUUUUAUCAAUCUAUUCCGCUAUAUACUUGCUGUCCUCAGUGAGAAGAAGGAGAAAUCGGAUCGUAAAAGAAAUGACUGA